UAGAGAUACUGAAAUCCGUUUGCUGAAAGAAGCUGAGACUAAUGUUUACAGACUCUAGCAAUCAUAGAUGGGCUCUAAGUUUUGACAAUGUUGCCUAUUUGGCUCAUACUUGCAAUUACUGUGCCUGUGGUGGUUGUCAUUGCACUUCUGGGAUGCCUUCAAUGUUUGAAGGGGAAACCUGCUUUUAAGCACUUCCACAACAAUGAGGAAUAUACGACAGAAGCCAGAAGUAACCCAGGCUAUUCUGCCGACGUUGACAGCUCAGAACACAGUACAUCCAACUCGACGGAAAUACAAAUUGACCCACUGCCCGAUAUCCUUACACAGGCUUCGUCAAGGAAACCAAGGAUAGGCUGUGUGGAGAAAAGCAAGCAGGACGCAACUCUCAAAUUGAUUGCAACGAAUCGGCCUUUUCCUCGCCGACAGCUGACAUACCUGAAAGAAAUAGGAUCAGGAUGGUUUGGCCAGAUUAUAGAGUCGGAUGCAGAGCACAUAACAUCAGGGAUAGCUCGAAGUCGUGUUGUCGUCAAAAUGAUGAAGGAUGAUGCAUCAAAGUCAGAACAGAAAAUAUUUCACGAAGAUGUUGCACCUUUUAGAGAGUUGGAUCAUAUUAAUGUUCUGCGAUUGUUGGGCCAGUGCACCGAAACAAACCCAAUUCUCGUCAUUUUGGAGCAUGCUCAAAUGGGUGACCUCAAGACCUACUUGAAGAAGCAGAAACUGGACCAAAGCAACUUACAGCAUCCCCGACUUCUUAAAUUUGCCAUCGAUGCUGCAAGUGGAUUGGCUUGUCUGCAUCGCCAUGGUUACAUACACCAUGAUUUUGCAGCAAGAUCUUGUCUUGUAUUUGCUGACCUCACAGUCAAAGUUGGGGACUUCGGAAUCACAGAGGAACUCUUUCCGGAAGACUACUACUCAAGUCGCAAGGAACUUCUCCCUGUGCGCUGGAUGGCUCCCGAGUCACUGAGUCACCAGGCAGAUGGCUGGCAGACGGCUGUCAUCACUAAAGAAGCUAACAUCUGGUCGUUUGGUGUUUUACUGUGGGAGGUCCUGACGUUUGCCUCUCAGCCGUACACUGACUUGACGGACGAGUUGGUUCUACAGCUGGUGGUGGAGGACAAGGUCAUCAAGCUGAACAAACCGGACCUCGAGAUCGCUUUUAUAAAUAGGCUAUACGAAGUUAUGCAGUUUUGCUGGUUGAACCCCGGCCAACGACCGACAGUGACUGAGGCCCAUGCUCUGUUGGAACACCUUUUCACCAAGCUAGCCACUCCGCAGUCAGUGGACUCUGUGUUUGAGGACAAGUGGAACAGCAUCAUACCGUCUGAAGCAAGGGUUGUCACAGUUACCGAUGGUCGGGCCAAAUCUCGUCAGACCAGAACCGACAGCUUUGACACAGACUUUGUUCUUGCUAAAGACAAUGUGAUUGUGUCCGUGGAAAGCACUGAUGUUCCUCAAGGGAAGAAACCCGACUUCCGGUCAUUGCUACAGGAUGUAUCACGAAUUUCUGCACCAGAAAGUCAGGACGUUGAUAUUGAAACACUGUCUGUCAGUGUGGUGAAUGGACAGCAUGUAGCCGUUGAUAUGCCGUUGUCAGAUUUUGAUCAGAUUGCCUUGCCUUCCAAAACUCUGCUGCCUGAACAUUUGACUAGCACACCAGUAGAAAAGCCACCACCGAGAAAAUCCCAACAACCGAAAAUACCUCACAAUGAUGCUUCCGGUUUGAACAAAGUGAAGUCACUUAACUUUGACGCGUCUGAAAGUAGCUUGAUGACAGACUCAAAACGAAAAUCGCCUGAUCCCGAAAGUGAGACGGGUACCACUGAGAAUACUCAGUAUCAUACUGCUACCAGUUUGGUAGACAUCUCAAGUUCUACACAGUAUGCAGAUAGCGACUUCGGUGAAAUGGUGGGUGUGGAAAACAUGACAGAUUCGUUUCCCCAGCAGGAGAGCACCCUGUUGAUUGAUGAUCGAGUGGUGUCCCACCAGAAUACGUCUGCUAAGUCUGAGGACUUUAGAGCAGACACCAGUAUAGAGGACUCAUUUGUUAGUGUUCCAAACACUCUUAAUAUAACAAAUGCUGACUCAUCUCCAGAAUCGGAGCAGUCAACUCCAGAAAUUUUAGUUCCUGCUGAUGAAACAUCCGUGGUUUCGAAAGAAUCGACAAUAUCUGAACACCUUUCAGGCUUUGAAAGUAACUCAGAGAUAAAAUCAGUGGAUGAAGUUGAUGAUAAAAUACUCAGUGCUGAAGACACUGUAAAGUCUGAACCCACUGCUAAAGACAUUCCCAGUGCUCUCGAGCAUAAUGAUGCAUUUGGAGAUUUCGUUUUUGAACCACCCAUUGAUAACAAAGCAAACAUGACAUCAGAAGAGCAGCUUCCCCCAGUAGUUUCCAAUGGUGGUGGUCAGGAUGCUAGUGUAACAGAGAGAAAUGUUUUAGUUUUGUCUGCUACACCUGAACCUAGCUUAAUCGAUUCAAGAGCUGAAAAUGUCAAUUCAUCUGUUAGCAUGUCUGAUGAACUGAAAGUGGACUCACUGACUGAUAGUGAUCCCAUGGCAAGCAUGGAAGGUUCUGAAGACGAGCCCAUGGUCAAAGGAGCUGUGCUGUCUCCUGAUGUGAAGGUAGGUACUUGUGUUGAUUAUGUUAGUGAGGAUGAGGAUGAGGAGGAAAGUAGGUCUCCUUCCUUGUCUGAUUCCGAGGACGAUUCUUCUUCUUCAUCUUCAUCUUCAUCAGACAGCGGCAAGUCUUAUAUCUGUGAUAAUGAGGAUCAUCUCAGUUCUGAGCUUGUGAAUGGAGAUGUGUGUGUUAGUAGUGAUACAUCUUGUCAUGAGGAUGCUGAUCGCGAUGAUGAUGAUAAUGAUUACGACGACGACGAUGAUGAUGAUUUUCACGAGGACAAACCUGAUGACGGAGACCUUGAACUUGUCAGUGAGAUGUACCUCUCAAAAGGCGUCGUGUCUCCACAGGCCUUUGAGCGAUCACUCCUACCCCUGGAAACCAUUCCUGAAGACGUGCAGACGGUGUCGGACACCAGCUCUAUGGAGACCAAGUUCGACGACGUGUUCUCGGCACAGGACAAUUUUGAGUGGGAUGACUUUAUGGGCGAAGAGCUCGUGGGGAAAGACAGACUAUGUGACAGCUCCCCAAAAGCCAGUCUGGACAUGUCUGACUGGCGGCUUGAUUCAUCCAGCUUGCAUAGCAACUCCAGUCUGAGGAAGCUGUCGGAAGACCGGAGAGGCUACAUGGGGUCGGAUCCCGGGAGCUCGAGCACCGUGGACAGUAUGCAAUCCUCGCUGUCUGACAUGGAGGUAAAGAAUCGUAGGUUACGGACCAAGCGGCCGUACGUGGCCGAACUGCUGACUAAUCGCUAUUCCAUACCCUCGUAUACUCACGUUAGUGGCGACUCAAACCAGUUUUACUCACUCCUUGAAGGUUUAGACAUAGAUAACGACUCACCUCCCAGUGAUGGUAACGGUGGGGUGUCGGUCCCUUCGGGUGUCACAGUUACACAGCCACCCGACCUCACUUCCUCCAGUCCUGUGCAUGACAAUGUUACGGAUAUAUUUACGGGAUGACAUAUAUUGGACUAACAGCAAGGUAUGACUGUAUAUAAGUAUUUUACUGGUUUAUCUGUAUCUUGCAUGAAGUUUUGUAUUUCUGUUGCUUGAUCUCGUUUCGGUGUUGUCAGUACACUGGUGGCAGAAGUUGGGUUAGCUAACAUUCGUUGCACAGGGCUGUCUGGGGUAUUUUAAUUUCACCUGUUUUAGAAUGGUCUUGGCAUGCAGUUGUUUUGUUUUGAGUAUCUCUAUUAUUACCAUUUUUUAAUUUUGGUUGAAUUGAAACAAUGUUUUUGAAAAAUUGGUUUUAAGUCAUAGGAUGUGAUAAAGCAUAUAAACUAAAUAUAUACAGUAUAAGAUAAUAUAUAGGGGGAGGGUUUAAAAUAAAAAAUAAAACAAUGUUUUAAAAUCUAUGAAUAAGUAAAAUAGAUUGGCAAACAGAUUGUAGGUGUUAAAUGCUUCUCCACCUGUAUUCCAAUGUACAUUUAUUGUAUCUUGAAGAAUUAUUUCUGCUGUAGAUAACAACACAUGAACUCGAUAUUAGUUAAUUAAUCAUUAAUAAGUCCAACGUUAGAUUCAUUUUUGCUGUUAACCAUUUUAAUUCACUGACAGAUGUCUCAUCAGUAUUUAUGUUAAAAGCUCACUAAACAUGUUGCAUUCAUACUAAUCGGGGCUAACCAAUAUAACAUCAGAGUUCUUAACUUGUUAUUUGUUUGUACACCUAGAUAGUUGUUAAUGAACAAAUAUCAUUGCCUGUUUUGUCUCCUUGUGUGUUUCUUGUUGUAUUUAUUACUGCAAUUUGCAUCAUCUGCUUAGUACUUUUCAUUUCGUUUCAUCAAGAAAACAGUUUAUCAAGUUUCUGUCAGGUGUAGUUGAGUUAUCUCCCUUGAACAGUUUUGGACUAUUUACUUUCUGUGCACAGACUAAAGGUUAACUUCUAUAGAUUCCUACGGCAUUUGUUUUUCUUCCUUUUCUCGUAAUAACUUGUAUACUUUAAUGUGUGUGAGCAGUGCAUGUAGUUGUUACAUUCAGUUAGAAAUAUAGUGCAUUUUGUGUAAUUAUAUUAUAUCCAUGAUUCCAUGUUUAUUUGCUCUGCGGUGCUUUUUCUGCAGAUUGUGUGUUCAUUGCAUUAUGUUUUUCUAUAUCUGGGUCCACUGGUAACAGUAAUUUAAAUCUAGCUGUGUUCAUUACCUACGUGUAUGUUUUCCAUUUGUAGUCUUUAUAGAUCUGUCUAAAAUGCCCAACAUAAUAAUACCACCAUACCCUUCAAAAAGAUCCCCAUCCUCUCCUAGUUUCAAACCAUGAUGAACUUUUCAAGUUGGAAGGAUUUUCCCCCCUAGCAUGUUCAAGAUAUAGCCAUUGUGGCUUUGUGAUUCAUAGUGGUAAUACUCUAAACGUACUGGUAUUUGGUUAUUACUUAUACUUGUUAUUUUUAUACCAGGAAAAAAACGUUCAAACUUUUAUUAAAAUGAAGAUGUGUAAUAAAUACAGAAUGUCAUAUAUGUUGUUUUUUACUUCUUAUAAGUCCCUUGCCAGCCCAGCCAGAGGAAUUUAUAGGUUUUGUCUCUGUUCUUCUGUUGGGGGCAGGACAUAGACCAGUGGUAAAGCAUUUGCUUGAUGCACGGUCGGUC